AUGGGCGACGCUCUCAAUCCGACCGGCGAGGCUCAGCCGUCGUUGAACCAGGCGUACGAGACCAAGGCUAACCCGGCGUCAAAGGAGCCAGCAGAGCAGAGAACCGCUCAGUCGAAUGCAACAAACAACUCGGCGCCAACAGACCAAAGGAUACCGUCCAAGCAAUCCUCCUCCAUCGAGGAAGCCACACCCACUUCCGUGGCGUAUGGCGUGCGUGGCGCCGGAGAAGGCGAGGAGUCCAAAGGCCUCGACCACGAAGACGUGGGCCGUAACAAAGAGCUCGAUGCCGAGCAAAUGGCAGCUCCGGGCGAGGACAAGAUUGCCAGCACGGUGAAGGGAGCACAGUCAGGUGCGGGAGGCCGAGAGCAGGGCAUGGAGACCGACCUAGACCGGAAGAAGGCUGAGCAAGCACCGUUGAGAGAGCAGAAGAAGGAGGAGAAGGCGGAGAACUUCGAUGUUGGCGGCGUGCUCGGGCAGAGAGGAGGUCCGGCGAACCCCGUCGACAAGAACAAUUACCCCAAUACGGACCGGCAUUGA